AUGUCAACAGAUUCUGUAAUUCUCGAUGAUUCUAGUACAAGAAAUCGAUAUUCUUUUCUUCAAUGGGUCCCACAAAAUUCAUUAAGUGGGGAGGGUCAUAAUAUAUCAAGAUCAAUGUCACUACAUCUCCAUUCGACUUUUCGAAGAGUUUUUGUUGGUCCUACUCCGGUAAAUUGGAAUUAUAAAAAAAAAUCUUUUUGGUUCUCUAAAAGUGAUAGGGCUGUACAUCGCGGUACAAGGAAAAGAAAAACUUUUAGAGCUGCCACUGAUGUUAUUGGUCCAACAAAUAUGUCUUCUCUCGAUUAUAAUGUUCCUGAUGAUCAAUGUGAAAAGCCAAAUAUUAUAUCAGAUGCUUCUUUCCUUGUCGAAGAACCACAAGAGUUGGAAAUUAUAGAAUCAGAUACGGAACGUUCAAUAAUGAACAGAGAUGUCUUUUAUACCCCAUCCGAAAAUAUAAAAUCUUAUCCUGUUACACCACCUCACAAGCCUCAUUUGUUUAGUUCAAAAAAAAAAUCUCGACCUCAGUCAUUACCAUUGAAUUUGCAAGAUUUACAACAAAUUGUUGAAUCUCCUCCUGAAGAGAAUAAUGUUCCGGUACCAUCAACAAAUUCGUCAAAAUCUUAUAUCAACCAUGAUGAAAUAAAUGAUCGAGGAUUUAAUGCAAAUAAUGAUGAUGAAUCUUUUCAGUCCAUGAUUAAUUCAGACUCUGAGUCUUUUGAAACUCCCGUUUGUGAAUCAGGAGUUGUCCUCAAAGAGAAUCGUAUAUUAAUUAGAAUCGAGCGUGUGCAUCAUUCAGGUGUUCCAAGGAUAUAUAAUGAUUCUACUUCAAAGAAGUAUCUUACUCACUCUAUAGGAUGGAGAGAAUAUAUUGUGAAAUUAACAACUGAUAAAAAUAAUCGUGUUGAUAAACUUAUUUUUACUUCUUCAACGCGAUUAUGCCUUUAUUCGUCGGUUGACUACACGAUAGCUUUAUCUGAUCCAUGUGACUAUGGAAUGAAAGUAUUUAUAUUCCGACCAAAAACUUAUGCCCUAAGUGUUGAAUGGUAUCGCGCUGUAUAUAAUUUACUUAAGCCACCGUCAAUUAAACCAGUGCCUCUUACUUGUGAUGUGGUUGUACCUGAUUUGAAUGUUCGUGUACAAAUUCCAUUAGAAAAUAGAAUGCAAGUAUUCGAAAUCACCGCGGAGGAAAUAACUAAAACUGUUUUGGAUGAAUUGGGCGGUAUAAACGAAUGGGAAGAUGUAUUAAAUGAAUGGCUGAAAAAUGGUGAUAUGAGAUUAUGUUGGAAAAGAUAUGAUCGAAUAGAAUGGAUUGUUUGGGAAAAAAAUGAUA